AUGGGCCCCAUCACGGUUAAGUACGCCACAGGAGAGGCAGAGAGACUAGGGCUAAACCCACAGGCGUGUGAGCCGGGUAUCCCCCAAGCGAAGCUGUUUGUGGGUAGUUUACCGAGAACCCUAAAAGAGGACGAAUUGAGGACUUUCUUUUUAAACUAUGGAGCGGUAGAAGAGGUGUUUGUGAUGAAGGAUAGUUCAACAGGCCAGGGCCGUGGUUGUGCGUUUGUAAAGAUGGCUCAAAAAGAGGAAGCAUUCUUCGCUAUAAACAGCCUAAACGGGAAACAUAUAUGGUCGGGGUGUACGCGGCCAAUGGAGGCAGCUCGGUGUACAGCAUAG